CUUUAGCACGCUAAGGCGAGACGGACUUCCGUUCCAUCCUGCACAGGUGGGGUAUGGUCUCGUGGGUGCAAGCGAGUGCUACCGCUGUCGGCAUCGCGCGUCGAUCCAUGCUAUUGGCUCGCUCCCGUGAGCUGUAUUCCAUAUGCAUAGUCUCCUCUCGUGGGAAUUACGGGAGAAAGACGAACGUGUCGAUUUCGAAUGGAUGGGACUCGUCUCGUCAUCCUCAUUGAGAACAUUGACACGGCGUUGCUCUUCAUUGUGGAUCGACGCUGCAAGACAACAUACUCAAGGUCCUGUCAUGUCGCUUGUCCUUCUCCGCAUACGGGGGAGUUCACAUGCGUGUAUUUGAGCCUCGAUAAUUACAUACACUGACUGAUAUAGUUCAUCUGGGCCUACCGUGAACACCGUGGCAGAAGGUGCUCACGCCAUAUGUCCCUUCAACGUCCGGAACGUGCGAACAACAGUACGCGAUCAAGGUACUAUCAGGUCCCGAGCACGGUUCCGGGGACACCGUGUGUCCCGUUGCAUACAUGGCCGGCAUAUCUACUGUGAAGUGCAAGUUUACACCAUGACGGGCUCAUACCAUAAUAUGGGCGGAACCUACUGUAGCUCGGAUGCACUGCGAGCUUGCUUCUCAUUCGACCGCGAUAUCUCACCCCAAGACGGUGGCGGACAUAUAUGAACCCUCGCCUUACCACGAAGACAGCAUCGUCGCCUUGCCAGCGGUGAACGACAGCCUAGGUCUACGACGACGCUUCAGCCAUGCUCUCAGGCCUCCGCCUCGCAUCAGUAUUUCUCGGUGUCUUAUCCCUCGGCCUCGACAGCGAUGCUCUCGUGGUUCGGAAGUCGUCCCCUGUAACGUUGCAGUUUGCACGUCGCUUCAACUUCACUGGGACGUCGAAGAUCUUGGAGCUCGACCAGGCCCGCGCUAAGGCCCUCAAGGCUCGUGCGCUUGCGCACCCCGGACGCCUCACCCGAUCGGCCAUCACCAACAUUGAUGCAACUAAUCAGGCUGUCGAGUACACUGCUACGGUCGGCGUUGGAACCCCUCCCAGCGAUUUCACCCUGCUCAUCGAUACUGGAAGCUCGAACACCUGGGUAGGGGCUACGAAACAAUUCGAGGAGACUAGCUCGACCGUCAACACUGGCCAGCUUGUGGAAGUCGUCUAUGGCUCUGGUUUCGUGAUCGGCGAGGAGUUCACCGAUACCGUCACUUUGGCGCCUGGACUGGCGAUUGAGGCUCAGUCAAUCGGCGUCGCCAUCGAAUCCUCAGGAUUCGAAGGUCUCGACGGUAUAUUGGGCAUCGGCCCAACUGACCUGACAUGCGGUACCCUCAUACCCGACGAGUCUGCGUGUAUUCCGACAGUCACCGACAACGCGUUUGCGCAAGGCUUGAUCGGCGAGGGUCAGGUCGGCGUCUCGUUUGAGCCGACCACCAGCCUCGAGGUUACGAAUGGCGAACUCACCUUUGGCGGUACUGACCCGAGCAAGUUUACUGGAGAUCUCAAUUUCGUUCCGAUUACCUCCACCGCUCCUGCCAAUGAGUUCGUUGGUAUCGAUCAGACUAUCACUUAUGGUAGCGCCGGCACGACAGUCCUGGCCUCCACCGCUGGCAUCACUGAUACUGGCACCACUUUGCUGCUGAUUGCUAGCGAUGCCCUCGCCACUUACCAGAGUCUCACGGGCGCUGUUGCGGACGAGAAUACCGGGUUGCUGAGGCUGACGCCAGCUCAGUUUGCUGACCUCCAGAGCUUGUUCUUCCAAAUCGGCGAUAACACUUUCGAGUUCACUCCGAACGCGCAAGCCUGGCCUCGAGCACUUAACACUGCAAUUGGAGGUACCAACGAGUUCGUAUACCUUAUCGUCGGCGACCUCGGGACAGACAGCGGUGAAGGGUUCGACUUCGUCGACGGCAUGACGUUCCUCGAGCGAUUCUACUACGUCUUCGACUCUGCAAACAGCCAAGUCGGAUUUGCCACGACCCAGUUCACGAACGCAGAGACAAACUGA